GACAAUAAUUUCGAAACGCGGGAUGUAAAACAUAGUUUCUUAUUUGCUACAUAUUUUUGCAUCAUCUAUUACUUUAUACUUCAUUUACGUCUUAAAAAGGACCAUUAGCGUUUGUAUAACUCAAAAUAAUUCAGGGACUAAAGCCCAAACACGUGCGAAUGCACGGGUCUAAAACCUAGUAAGAAAUAAAACGAAAAAAAAAAAGGACUUAGUGAAGGGUAAUAAGGUAAUUCAAUAUAUGACUCACAUGUAAAAGAAAAGAUCUUAAGGAGAAAAGGCGGGCUCGUCAGUCGGGGCCCCAAGUCCGUCAUAAGGAGCGGAAGUUCUCUUCCUCAUUCAUCGACACCGUAUGGCUUCGGCGGAGCAGCCGCUGAAGAAGCGCAAGCUCUACGAACAAUUCCAACACUCGUCGCCGUCAACCCCAGCUCCGCCUCCACCUCCGCCACCACCCACACCCCCACCCCCACCUCUGCCUCUCCAAUGGCAAUCAACCGAACCGCCACCGCCGGGAACGCCCCCUGUUCAGCCUCUAUCGCAAGAACAAAUUCUCCGGCGGCAGAGGAAUCGCGAAGAGAUUCGUGAAGUCUACAACUGUCUCAAGCAAAUUAAGAGCUGCAUUGCAAAGAAGGAACCUUGCCGCUCUCACUCGCCGGAACUCGAACAAGCUUACCGCUAUCUUAUUGCUGCUUCCCGAGGCUGUGCUAGUGUACAACGAAUAGUAGCUGAUUUGAUUCCAAGAUACGCAUCAUAUUGUCCAACUGCACUUGAAGCAGCGAUAAAGGUUGUAUUUAACAUGCAUAAUUGCAGCUUGCCGGUGAUAAGCAAAGGGGAAGAUUUUGAUGGUGUUGCUUAUGGAACUGUUGAGGCCUGCAUUUUUGGUCUGAUUACUAUCUGUCAAGCUGCUACAAAGGAAGCCCCGACAUCAUCAAUUAUUCGAGGCAUUUGUUCUGCAGUUUUUCGUGAUGUGUUUACAUUUCUCAUAUCUUCCUUUGAGGGGAAAGAUGUUUUCCAAAUUGUCAAUCAGGAAACUCUAAAGAUUUUGGAGGAUGAUGAAUAUAUUUCUUGUUUCAAGGAGAAGUUUGUUUGUAAAGGAGAUUCGACGGUAUUGAAAAUAUCUAAGUUUAGAGCUGCAACUUUUCUGAGAUUGCUCUUUUGUUGCCCCAUGUAUUCACUUUCGGUGUGCUUUGAGUUCCUAAACCUGGCAGUUACAGAUUUUACACAAAAGGAGGGUCAUUACUUUCUUCGCCAACUAACCAGCACGCUUGAUGAUGCUGCCACUCAUGGAAUUGGUCGAAAAUCUUCUCCAAAUUCUGCAGGAACUAGUUGCCAGAGCAACGUUGUUGGUGAACAAGGAAAUGUUGCAGAAAGCGACCAUACUCUUAAAGCUCUAGGGAAUUGCAUCCUUGGCCUGGUAAUUAGUUGGGCUUUAGAUUUCUCAUAAAUUUAAUAUCCAUAAUAUCUUUUCUUUCUGUGGCCCUAAAUUGUAUCAUUUGUUCUUUUCCUUUCCCCAUUUUUUAAUUUAUACAUUUGCUUGGGUGUGUCUAUGAUUAAUUGCAUGGAAUCUAGUCUGUAUACACCCUGAAAACAAGAAACUUGUUUUCUUACUCACAAGGAUUGGCCCUUGGAGAAGUAUUGCAUUGGUUUGGUUUUCUCAGGGAGAGAGAUGGCUUGGAGUACUCUAGAACAUCUGAUGUGUUUUUUGUAUAUGUUGCUGAUUCUUGUUUCUAGAGACAGGCUUCAUUCCCGGUGACGUAUAAGCAAAUCGAUUUCUAAUUUCUUGGCUAUAAUGACUCGUAGCGCUACCAUUUAAAAGAUUGAAUAGUGGACAAGCUGCUUGCUAUGUUUAUUUGAAUUGUAAAAUAUGCUUUCCAUUAGUCUUAUUCAUCUGUUACCUGCAGGACUGAAUCGUGGGGUCAGCCAUCUCUUCCUGUAGUGUCGAUGUCAUUGUUCUUUUCUUUUCUUUGUUUCUUUUUUCUUUUUCCCUUUUUUUUUUGUUUUUUCAAUUUUGAAAUCUAGAUGCAAUUGUGGAAGUUUAACACAAAUUACUGAUAUGUAUUAUAUAAUUUUAAUACUGGUAGCUGAUCAAAAUAAUUGUUUUCAAAGUUGUUAGAGAUGCCAUCAUUGUGUCAACCUUGGUAAAUUUCCUGAAGCUACAAAGGAUAUUAAAAAUGUUUAAUACCUUUACCAUUCUGAUUCUUUUGCUCCUGUUAGAGGAAAUGCCUAUAAAAAGGCCUUGAAAAUGAUUCAGCUUUGAUAUGAGUCUAAAUGUCUAUUGAAAUGGCAAAUUUAUCCCUUCCAUCAUGCAGAUUCUUGAAAAGGACCCAUCCCUUAAAAGCUGGUUUUUGUCGAAGUAUAGGAAGUUGUCAAAAUCUGCAGUUAUGGAGACUGUUCCAGAUGUUACUUCCGUCCUGGACAGUUUACUUGGAUCUUUCCCUGAAGAACUAGAUCGUUACGGGGGUGAAUGUGGUCAAUCUAAGUAUAGUAGUCAGUCUUUUGUUCAUUCCGAAUCCAGUUUUCCCGAAACUUCAUCUGAGGAUAUUGGAAAAGGCAGUAGUUUAAGAAUAUAUGAUAAGUUCGCCAACAAAUUUUCUUCGUUACAUGUAAGAAAACAAAGCUCAAUAGAUUACCAUUCAAGUCUGUCAAUAGAUACUGGAGGGUCAACACCUAUGGACUUCGAUUUUGGCGGAGGAGAUUCAUCACAAUGCAGGUCAUCCACGCCGAGAGACUUCUCCAACCGAAAUGUUCUAUCACCUAAACCUAGAACACCUGUUGGUUCACGGGGUUCAAGCCAAGGGUUCCAAAGGGAGAAGACUCAUUUGUCGAACAGGGACAUCUCCUCACCUACGCCGAGAUUUACCAGUGAAGGCAUGAACCGUUCUUUCAAUUCACCAAAGCAUCAUGCUUCUGUGGGAAAUCUUUCAAUAAAUCCACUGUCUCCAUUCUCUGAUGGUGACCCAGAAGCAAUGGACGUUUUUGCAGCAUCUAAACAGCUAUGGGUGGGUUCUUUAGGCCCUGAAGCAACAGACGGGCUUGUAAGGUCUCAAUUUGAGAAGUUUGGCCCUAUAAAUCAUUUCACCUAUUCUCCACGCAAAGGAUAUGCCUUGAUAGAGUAUAGGAACAUGAUGGAUGCUAUCAAAGCCCGGGCAAAUAUGCGAGGGCGUUCAGCUUGGGGUGCUUGUGUUUCUGUGAAGUUCUCUGAUAUGAAUCAAGGAGUCAGGGGAGGUAAAGAUGGGGUUUCUGUCGCUACGAAUUGCCAUGUGUAUGUUGGUUAUGUUUCAAAUCAUUGGCAGAGGGAUGAGAUAAUGAAUGAAGUAAGCAAGGCUCUUAAUAAGGGGCCUCGGAUGGCAACUCAUCUUAAUAGUGAAGGUGCUUUGUUAAUGGAGUUCGAUACACCUGAUGAAGCAAAUGGUGCUGUGGUUCAUUUAAGAAAGUUCCGCAGGGAGAGUGUUAACCUUGUGCGAUCAAACGGGCCUUCUGAAGUUGCAGUACAUGCUGCAACUGCUGGACCUGGGUCUACUCCUAUUUUGGUUGAUAAAGGAAGCAAACAUUCUGCCAGUCAAGUGUUGCCUGAGAAUCCAUCUGAUGAUUAUUCAGUGAAGAUAUCACAUUUGUCUUCUAUCGUUUCUCAAUUACGUAUGAAGUAUAACAUUGCUCAAAAUCCAGUUCCAUCUGAUAGCCGUGUUGCUGGAAAUCAUCAAAUUGCUUCAACAAGAGAUGAACUACCGGCCACGAGUACUCUCUGGAUCAGCAUUCCGCACAUGAAUACAAUUUAUCUCACAGAUGAUGAGCUAUGGACUCUUUGUAACGUGGCAAUCAACAAUGUUGGAUCCAUCGUCAGGUUGACAAAGAAUGUUCCAACAGGUAACUGCUGGUUUGUAGAAUGCAACAGCGUCGGGACCGCAAAAGCUCUCAUGAAACAUUUUCGUGACUGCCCCGGAAUGUUUUUCCAAAUAGAAUUCAGUCAUAACGGGAAGCACCCCACUGCCCGGCAUCCAGUAAAUCCUGAUGGUAAUACUCUGGAGCUCGCUUCACCCAGACUCAAUCCUGAAAAUCAGGGAAUCCAAAGACAAGGUGGUCAUGUAUUUCAAUCAAAUUGGUCUCAUGCUGGUCAUAGGGGGAUGCCUGAAAUUGGAGCUCGGACUUCUGAGGCAUUGUUUGCAGAUCCUUCACAUGGAGGUUCUGCUGAUCGGAUGUGGAUGUUCAGAAACUCUGAAAUGGAAAUGCAUUCUGGACAAGGAAAUCUCUCACGUGUACCUGCACAAAAUCUUGGGCCUCCUAUUGUUCCGCCGGUGCCUGUUCAAUCACCUCAAUUCAGGCCUCUCAAUUUCCCCCCAACUAGUUCAUGGGAUCCACGCAGUCAUAUGCCUAUGAAUCCUAUUUCGCCUGGUAUAAUGCCUAAUAUUCAUCAGAACCAAAUUCCACCUACGUUUAUGCCAGUUUCUGUGACUCCAUUACCUCAAUAUCAUGGAAACUCAAUGCCGCCAUAUGGUCAUAUGUAUCCUGGACCCAUGGGAACUCCACCUGCUAUGAUACCUCCUUUACCCCCUUCCCAGUCUGGUGUCCAGCCUCCAUUACCACCAUCUCAGCCUCCACCUCCACCUCCACCCCCUUAUUCUCAGCCACCUCUGGUUCCUCCUCCUCCUCCCCCUAGUUCUCCUCCUCCCCCUCCCCCUCCCCCUGUACCAUCAGAAUCUUUUGAUUCAGAGCAUGCUGGACAGUCUUCUGUGCGAUACAGGUGGCAGGGAACCCUGAAUAAAAGUGGUGUCCAGUUCUGUACAAUUAUUGCACAGAGAGCUGAAUCUGACUCUUGCAGAUAUUCUGAUGAUAUGGCUGAGCCGACAGAAUGGCCAGCUAAGCUAGAUAUGACAAAGAGGACCGAUUUUCGGCAUGUCAGGACAACUUUCGCAAAUACACCUCCACACAAAAAAGACGUCUGCUGGUUGUUUCCCCUGUCUGAAGAUGACCAUAAGGGGUUUCAAGAUUUCGUGUCAUACUUACAGCAAAGAGAAUGUGCAGGGGUUAUCAGAAUCCCUGCGGCAAACUCCAUGUGGGCAAGACUUCUUUUCAUUAUGCCAUAUUCACUCGAUAUGUGUUCGCUGCUAUCUAUUGCUCCCAAUCCUUCCCCUUGCCUUAUUGGCUUGGUUUUGCCAAAAGAAACCAACUUUGAGUGGGCCUGAUCUCUUUACUGUGUUUGGAAGUAAAAGGAGCUUUAGAAUGGGUGAUAUGAAGGAAAAUGGCUUUUGUUUCAGGGCGAUUUUUUGUGGUAAAGUUCACGAUAUCGAACUGAAUCAGCAUCAUUCCUGAAACCAUGGGCAACGUCUUUUGCUCAGAAGGAACUGAUAAAAGAUUUGAAAGCAAUUGGAUGGAUGACAUUAGAGGAGAUUGUAGUUGGGGCAAAUAUUCAGAGCCAUGUGAUUAUGCUAGGGUGACAGGUAAUUUCUUUAGAUACCAAAGCUGGUCAAAUCAGCUGUUUGAGAGUGGACAUUUCUCGUAAUCUUUAUAGAAUUCUGUACAGAAGUAUUCAUAACCCGAAGAACAACCAGUUUUGAGCUCUGCUUUUAGUUUUUGUUAGUAUAAAGAAAUCGUCAAUCUUUCAGCCGUGAGGAACCGAUAUGAAGUGUAGAAGUAUUUGUAUAUGUCAUGUCAUUUUGCUUCAAUCUUUUUCGCAAGUUUAUUUAGGAGUGGUUUCGGAGCUCUUGUGCUUUAGUGUGUAUGUAAAACUCGAUUGAAAGAUGGCCGAUUUUUUACUAUCUUUGCUUAGUGCUUACUAGAAGUGCUUUCAGCUUCAAAUCGGUGUAGGAAAAUCACAAGUUUCGGAGCUCAUUAAAUAUGAAAAAUAAGGAUUGAUGUAAAUUUGUUUUGUGUAUUGUAUGUAUAAUAUAGCUCAUGACUUAUACCCAAAGCCCCGAUAAUCUUAUACUAUAUAAAGCGAUUAAAGUGAGAUUUGUGCAUUAUGAAUCCCCAAAGGAAAAAAGUCACAGUCGUUCUAUAGUUUUUU